UCCACCAAGGGACUGUUGAACUGUGGUAAUCUACAUACUUGUGAAUUUCCCGUUGUUAAUCUGGAAGAAUGGCACACCAUUUGGGUGGUUCCAGUCGUGGACCAGUUUCCAGAGUUGAACUCAGGGUUGAAUGCCAGAGUCUUCUUAAGAAAGACACAUCCUCUAAAUCAGACCCAUGUGCUGUGUUUCUGUUACAAAAGCAAGGCAAAUGGGUAGAGGUUGGACGAACAGAAAACAUAGAGAAUUGUCAUGACCCCAAAUUCACGAAGACUUUUGUUAUUGACUACUAUUUUGAGGAAGUUCAGAAAGUGAAAGUCCAGGUUUAUGAUAUCGACAACAAAUCACCGCAAUUGACUGACGAUGAUUUCCUUGGUGAAAUACAGUGUAACCUUGGAACGAUUGUGUCCAGAAAUCCCCUGGUCGAACCUUUGCUGAAAAAGAAUGGUCAUCCUAUGGGCGGAUCAAUGAUCACAAUUCGUUCUGAGGAGAUGAAAGAAGGUGGCGAAUUAGCUCAUAUUACAUUGAAUGCAAAGAAACUUGACAAUAAGGAUUUCAUGGGAAAGUCAGACCCUUACAUUGAAAUUCAAAGACAGAACCCAGAUGGAUCCUGGCAGGUCACACAUAGAACUGAGGUAAUAAAGAACACACUGAAUCCUGUGUGGAGGCCAUUCUCAGUAUCUGUUCAUGCCUUGUGUAGCGGGGAUCAUAACAAAGAAAUCAAGUUUGAUGUGUAUGACUGGGAUAGUGAUGGGUCACAUGACUUUAUCGGUGGAUUCAAAACCACUGUGAAAGAAAUGAUGGGAGCCUCGAACAAUGAGAUACCAUUUCCUUGUAUAAAUCCAAAGAAACAGGGCAAGAAGAAGUAUGAGAACUCUGGCGUAGUGUACCUCACCAACUUCGAGUUGAAAAGGCCCAUGACAUUCCUGGAUUAUAUCUAUGGAGGGAUGCAGAUCAAUUUCACAGUGGGAAUAGACUUCACAGCAUCCAAUGGGAACCCGCGAUUGAAUUCUUCAUUACAUUUUAUAGACCCAAGCAGACCGAAUGAGUAUGUACAAGCCACCAGAGCUGUUGGUAACAUUUGUCAGGACUAUGACAGUGACAAAUUGUUCCCAGCCCUUGGGUUUGGUGCUAAACUCCCCACAGGAGAAGUCUCAUUUGAAUUUGCCCUGAACUUUGACCCUUCCAAUCCUUACUGUAAUGGUAUUGAAGGGGUAAUACAGGCCUACCAGCACUGUAUACAGGCGGUGGAACUAUACGGCCCCACCAAUGUGGCCCCUAUCAUCAGACAUGUAGCCCGAUUUGCAGCCCAGUCUCAGGCAGAAGAGUCCACAAAGGGAGCAUCGCAAUACUAUGUCCUUCUGUUGCUUACGGAUGGAGCCUUAUCAGAUAUGCCCCAAACCAUACAAGCCAUUGUAGAUGCCACAGCUCUGCCUAUGUCUGUUAUCAUUGUUGGGGUUGGACAAGCUGACUUCGAUAAUAUGGAACUGCUAGACGGGGACAAUGGCAUGCUACGAGCUCCUAAUGGUCAGGAAGCCAGGAGGGACAUUGUCCAGUUUGUACCCUUUCGAAAGUUCAAGAGAGAGGAAAGCAUGGAGAUACAGACUGAGGAUAGCUAUGCUUGCAACCAGGUGUCUGCAGAAGAGCUGGCACGACAGGUACUGGCUGAGGUACCUCAGCAGGUGGUACAAUACUUCACUAUGAGGGGACUGACUCCCUGUAAGAAGCCUGCCUAGUAUGGAAUCAAGUGUGUCGGCAAAUUGUAAUAGAUUGUUAUUAGUUUUUUAUAAGGAAUAUUUCGUUAGUUGGUUUUUUUUCCAAUACCUAUAUAACAUAGUUUAUAUACAUUUGAAUUUUUCCAAUAGCUGCUUUUGAUGCCUGUAAAUCAAGUUUAUGAGUAAACUAUUAUACAUACAAUAAAUUUAUUGUAUAAAACUGCUAGGUUGCCUAAAGUAAAACAGGUAGUUAGAGAUGAUUUCACAUUUUUACAAGAAUCUGUUUUGUACAAAUUUUCAUUUUUGAUUUAUACGCAAAACAUUUGCUACAAUUAUGCUUAGUAAAAAUUUGUAUGAUAUGGUUAUGGGUCGAUAGUUUUGCCUAAUAACAAUCAGAAACCGCCAGCAGUAUAUGUUAUAUACUGUUUAGGUGUCAGUUCUGUCAUGUUCUCUCUAACUGUUCUAGGGAGGUCUGUUUUGUGAUGUCACUGUAAAAAUGUACAAAUCUUAGACUACACAUAAAUAUAUAUCUAUACUAUUUCUAAUAUGUAGAUAUUUUAGGUAACAUAGUUUUGUUCCACCAUAUAUAUUCUAUUUCAAAGACCAGCUACGCUGAUUUCUUGACAUUAUGGUAUAUAAAUUGGUUUAACUGUGAUAGGACUGUUAACAAACCCAGAAACUGUGCAGAUUUUCAUAUGAGACUCAAGUUGGCCUGUGAUACCAAGAUAAAAACUAGAUUAGUCAAAAAUAAUUACAUCAGACGUGGGAGAACUUCACAACACAAGGUCAUCUACUCUCCUUUUUACCCCAGAAUUGCUGACAAUGCCUACAAGAGACAACAGGUUGACCUGAGUAAUCUUUGACCCUUGGGUCUUGGACAAUGAGAUAUCAUUCUGGGGUCUGAUAAAAUCAACAUUUAUGUUAGAACUUUUAAGCAUUUAGUUUUAGUGUUUUGUACAUUCACUACAAACAUAGAUUCAAGCAGGCAGCUCCUUUUUCUCGCCCAAACAUUCCAGGUUCCUCACUCUCAACAACACCUUUAUUCACUAUCUUAACCUCUACUAAUGUAAUAAUGAUUUGUACUCAUGAUUUUUCGUAUUUUGAACUUAAACACGUCUCACUCGAGAUCAAAUUAAACGACCUUGACCUGAAAUUGGAUUUUGAUUUAGAAGUUUGUAUUUCUGCUUUACAACUUUCAUAACACAAUGUUUAUCUUCUUUCUUAUCAUAACUGUAUGAAGAAACAUCAUUACAGCUUUAAAAAAUUGAAUGGAGUGAAGUUUAAAUAUGUACAUGAUUUAACAGCCUCUGUGUCUGUCCAGUAAAACUACAUUGUGAUGUGCCAUGUUUACUUCGCUGUUUUACUCACUGCCACGUUUUCUGUGUCUAUAUAUAUAGUAUUGUACUGACUAUGAUAAAUCUAUUGUGUACCAUUCUUAUCUACUAAAUUUACUUGUGAUAUUUAUUAAGGAAACUUUAGACAAGAUCAAAAUGCAAUGUAUGUUUCCAGAUCUUAUUCAUUGAAAACAUUGACGAUACAUUGUUCUGUGAAAUGACACAAAAUCAAAGCAACUAUAUUACACAAGAUAGUGACAUUAUGAUGUCCAUUUUAUAGACUUUACUCAUACAUGUACCUGUAUUGGUACUGAUUAGAGUCAACAAAGAAAAUGCCUGACAUGAUAUGUAAAUUGUUAAUAGCGUUGGUCUUUCGUUCAUCUUCAUUUGUUUUACAAAAGAAAUAUCAGUGUUACGAUGUAUGUUUUAAUGCUUGAUGUAGUGCAUAAACAGAAAUCUACAAGUGAUUUGUGAUUGACAUCAAUAAAUCAGUUUUGGUGAGCUUAUAUAUAGACUAUAAUAUACUAUCUCUAAGUUUAGAACUUUUCAAUAAAAUAAAUAAACAUCAUGCUGAUAUUCAGAGCAAUUAGAAAAAGCUGUUUAAACAUUACAAAAGACUAGUUUCUUGUAGCGAGCUAUUAAAGUAACACAUGGAAUUCAAGCAGAUUGGACCACCGACUGAAGAUUCUAAAAUGACAGUUUUGAGAAUUAUAAAAAGUUCUAAGGUAUGAAUAGCCAGUAACCCUAAGCAUGUAAUUUCAUCAAAUACCAAAUUUUACCGUAACUGUUCUAUUUUUAUUUCAAUGUCAUCAGUUUUGACUGUAAAACAAUUAAGCAUAAUACUGGUAAAGCUUACCAAAGCUUCAUGCUUGCCGUCCUCUGUGUUCUGUCAGUUAAUAAUAUCAACUUCUAAUUCACCCAUGUGACAUCAUUUAACUGGUAAGAGAUCUCCAAGCUAGCUGCUAUAUUGCUGUAUAUGGAUGUUUUCCAUAUGUAAAUUAUAGUGAUUUUUUUCUGAUAGUAUAUUACUGAUAGCUCUUACCAAACUUCAUUCUUGCCAUAUAUAGAUAUUAGUAUGCUUAUAGUAUUAUCAAUUAUCAUUUUCACCGUCCUCUUUGUUAACAUCUCUAUGUGCCUUGCUAAUAUUCCUGGUAUUUAUAAGUCCAUAUUACUGGUAUCAGUGACCAGUUAACUCCUACUUGUUACCGCAUGGAGUCUGGUUCUUAAUGAUACAUUUUUAGUGACUUAGAUAUAGUUAGGAAUGUUGAAUGAUAUCUCAUACAUCACAAGUAAGAUAUUUAACACUAAGCACAUCUUUUUUUCUUAUCUUAACAUGACCUAUAAUUCUGGGAAAUAAUAUAAUUGUAUCUCUCAGAAUAUUACCUCAGCCCUACAUUAUGCUUGUAUGAUAUAACAUAUCAUUUAGCUUACCUCAGUGCAAUGUACAAGGUUUAUAACAGUGUGAUAUUUUCCUAUUUAUCUAGGGAUUUUCAUCAUUAAAAUAUCACUUGAAGGAUUGUAUCACACAAAGUGCUUGUUGUUGGUUCAGCUGGUUGACAUAUAUAUAUUGUAUAUCAAUGGUGUUAGUAUCACCUGGUUAUCCAUGUCUAUAUAUAUAUAUACACAUUAUACACUAUAAUGUUGACUUUCUAUUUACAUAUAUUUAUUGCUAUACAGCAAUGCCACUGAUAGAUACUAUUAUGGUAAUACAAGAUAUUAUAUUAUUCAAAAAAUAAUAAAUCAUGUUGCUGCACUAUC